UGGAUAUUAUCAUGACGUUAGUCUGUGAUAAGUUGAUGGGGAAGUAAUGUAAAUAUCUCCAUGACAUGUGCAAUGUUGAAGCAUGGUUGUCACUCCGCGAAAGAUGAAACAGGUUGCCUUCUUCGUGAUUUGUAUAAUAUUAGUGUUAGGAUUUUACAGAACAUUAGUCAAUCCAGAAGAUGAACAAUCUUUCGCCCGACUUCAUCCAAGAGAUCGUAAAUCUCGUCUGGAAGAUAUAAACGAGAUUGAAAAUGUCAAUGAAAAAAUUCAAGAGGCUGAAGAAAAUGUACGUUACACUGAUAUCAAAGAUAUCGAAGAAGCAAAAAUACGAAUUCGUGAAUUAGAGGGCAAACUGCAACAUCUUGAAGCUAAAAUUGAGAACAAAGUAUCAAAGGACUUUCCAACAGUCAAAUUUCUUAACUAUAAGAAUCGAAAGAGGAUAUUGGUGACAGGUGGAGCUGGCUUUGUUGGAUCACAUUUGGUCGACCGUUUAAUGCUUGCUGGCCACGAAGUAAUAGUUGUAGAUAAUUUUUUCACUGGCAGGAAACGUAAUGUUGAACAUUGGGUUGGCCAUGAAAAUUUUGAGCUUGUUCACCAUGACAUUGUUAGGCCUCUCUAUUUAGAAGUUGACGAAAUAUAUCACCUUGCUAGCCCAGCUAGUCCACCACAUUAUAUGCUUAAUCCAGUUAAAACGAUAAAAACAAAUACAUUAGGUACAAUAAAUAUCUUAGGUCUUGCAAAAAGAGUAGGGGCAAGAGUUUUAAUUGCUAGCACAUCUGAAGUUUAUGGAGAUCCUAAUGAACAUCCUCAAUCAGAAACUUAUUGGGGACAUGUAAAUCCUAUAGGUCCAAGAGCUUGUUACGACGAAGGAAAACGCGUAGCAGAAACAUUAAGCUAUGCAUAUAUGAGACAAGAAGGCAUUUCCGUGCGUGUUGCCCGAAUUUUUAACACAUUUGGGCCAAGGAUGCACAUGAAUGAUGGUCGAGUAGUUUCGAAUUUUAUUCUACAAGCGUUACAGAAUGACUCGAUUACGAUAUACGGUAGCGGAAAACAGACGCGAUCUUUUCAAUAUGUAUCCGACUUAGUCGAUGGAUUAGUUGCCCUAAUGGCGUCUAAUUACACUCAACCAAUAAACAUUGGAAAUCCUGUCGAGCAUACAAUAGAAGAAUUUGCCCUUAUAAUAAAGGAUCUAGUUGGUACUAAUAGUAAGAUAGUCGAACUUGCCGCGGUCGAAGAUGAUCCACAACGAAGGAGACCCGAUAUUACUAGAGCUAAGAAGUAUUUGAAUUGGGAACCGAAGGUUCCUUUAGCCGAAGGACUUAAAAAGACGAUAAUGUAUUUCGCUAAAGAAUUACAGAGGACGAAGCACUCUCAGAAAAUUAGUAUAAAACAAUCUUCCUACAAAAACGAUCACGAUAUAGUGGAGCAACUUUAGAAAAUAAAAUAUCAAAACGGUUAAUUUUUCCACUUUUAAAAAAGUGGUUUUGGAAAGUGCCAUUAUGCUAUGGACCACUACGUGCCAAAAAAUUCCCCGUCCAAAUUGAAUUUUUUAUAAUUUAGAAUAUCAACGAGUACAUAUUCUUAAUUUAAAAUGGAAGAAGAGAAUCGUUCGUCUUUAUGCAACCGAUAUUUAUUUUAACUCUGUUAAGAUAUUUAGCUAUUUACGAUGUUCCAUACAGAAUUUUAUUUAUUAAUCGUACGUAGUAGUAUUCAAUAGUAUUCAGUUCAAAUACCGAAUGCUUUGAAAGCAUACUACUUUAUUCGUGACAAAACGAAGAUCAAUUUAUCGUAUAGUUCUCAAAAUUCUUUAUCUAAUGAUUGUUUGUGUGGUGGUGGUGCUAGGGGAAAUUACCAAUAUCCUUUUUCCCUGUGUAAAAUAUUAGGCUAAAUUGGCAAUUUUAAAUGAUAUUCCUCUAAAUUUACUUAAUAUUUCUAUAUAAUCGAUUUCCCUUCAGCUGUACAUGUCUUUCUAUCAUAAAAUUUUCGUGAUGUAUAAUAGCGAUAUUAAUCAAUGUGCACUUGUAAUUAGUGAACAAAUUUUUCUGUCACCAAACUUUUUACCAUAGAAUCAAAACGUGUUUAUAAAGUUUCCCGAAUGUUCUUAUAAACCACAGCGUUUGGACGUUUGUAAUAUAUUAGUAGUCGUACCGUGUGAUACAUACGCGGUGUAAAUGUACUGUAAUAUUCUACUGUAAUAUUUCGUGAGUAUGUAAACAGGAAAGUAAUUUUAUACUGUACGAAAUAAUGUAUUGUACACGAGUGUAAGUGAGUAAAACACUUUUUGUAAAGACAA